GCAUCAUCCUGCAUUUAAAUCCAGCUUUCCUGAACGCCAUCCGCUCCUGAAAACCAUGGGUGGAGAGUCUCAUCGCAUCAUGCCUUUUACCAAGUCGGAGUACCCCGCAAUUGCGGAGACGCCUGUGGGGAAACAGAUCCACCGCAUUUAUCAGGACCGCCUGCGGCAGUUCACCGAUGGCGGCCAGUAUAGAGAGCAGGGCCUUUUACCCAAGAUCAAUCCCGCUCGCGCUUCGGGCCAUCCACAUGUAAAGCUAUCCGUCUAUUCGCCUCCGAACCUUACACGUCCAACGUUCAAGGACGCCACAUCCCAUGAAUUUAAACCUACCGAGGUCGGACAAUCGUUUGGACCGAGUUGGUCUACUCACUGGUUCAAGGUCCAAUUGAAGGUUCCGGAUGAUCUUCUUAAACAUGAUCAUCUCGAGUUUGUCUGGGACGCUAAUAAUGAGGGUUUGAUUUGGACCGAAGAUGGAGAUGUUAUACAUGGAUUGACUGGCGGCGGAGAACGUACGGAAUGGAUUCUGCCAAAGAAGUAUAAAGAUGGGAAGGAACACAUCUUUUACGUUGAAAUGGCAUGUAACGGCAUGUUUGGCAAUGCGCCCGGGGGCGAUAGCAUUCAACCGCCCGAUCCUAACCGAUACUUUCAAUUGCAUACUGCCGACAUCACUGCUGUAAAUUUGCAGGCUCGAGGUCUGUAUUUUGAUUUCUGGGAGAUCGGCGACGCGGCUCGCGAGUUUCCCCAAGACUCUGCCCAAGCCCACCAGGCUCAACAGGUCGGGAACCGUAUCAUCGACGCUUUCAUUGCUGGCAAUGGUAGCGAUGAGAGCAUUUUGCAAGGUCGAAAGAUCGCGAGCGAGUACCUCGGCAAGAACGUGGAUUCGCACAAGGUUUACGAAACAGACAAUGAGGCUAUUGUGACUGGCAUUGGUUAUUGUCAUAUCGAUACUUGUUGGCUCUGGCCUUUUGCCGAGACGAAACGAAAGGUUGCACGAUCGUGGUCGAACCAGAUCGACCUCAUCGAUCGCUACCCAGAGCUUCGAUUCUGUUGUUCGCAGGCACAGCAGUACAAAUGGUUAGAACAGAACUAUCCCAGUGUAUUUGAUCGCGUCAAGAAGAAGGUCAAGGAAGGCACAUUCCAGCCUAUCGGUGGUAGUUGGGUCGAGCACGACACCAAUUUACCUGGUGGCGAAUCUCUGGUUCGACAAUUCCUCUACGGGCAACGUUAUUUCGAAAGUCGGUUUGGACAGCGCUGCAAGACAUUCUGGCUCCCUGACACAUUUGGAUACUCAACCCAAUUGCCGCAAGUUUGCCAGAUUGCGGGAAUGACAAGAUUUCUUACCCAGAAGCUCAGCUGGAACAACAUCAACAACUUCCCCCACACUACCUUCAAUUGGGUCGCACUCGAUAACAGCCAGGUCAUCUGCCAUAUGCCACCUUCAGAGACCUACACCGCCGAAGCCAACUUUGGCGAUGUUAAGAGAAGCGUUUCUCAGCAUAAAUCUCUGGAUCAGGACCAUACUUCAUUACUUGUGUUUGGUAAGGGAGAUGGUGGAGGUGGACCAACCUACCAGCAUAUCGAGAAGCUCCGACGCUGCCGAGGAAUUAGCGAUCAGGUCGGCCUUCUUCCUCGCAUCAAGCUUGGUGACUCGGCCGACGACUUCUUUGAUCGGCUCGAGAAGAAGAUCGAGAAUGGUUUGGACCUGGUGACCUGGUACGGCGAAUUGUACUUCGAACUUCACCGAGGCACAUACACCACCCAAGCAAACAACAAGCGCAACAACAGGAAGGCAGAGUUCUUGCUCAGGGAUAUCGAGUACCUCGCCACGCUAGCUACAGUCAAGGGUAGCUUCAGUGAGAAGAAGAGCUCAUACAAGUACCCCAAGAAGGACAUUGAUGAUAUGUGGGAGAAUGUUCUGCUCUGCCAAUUCCACGACUGUCUGCCGGGUAGUUCCAUCGAGAUGUGCUACGACGACUCGGACGAGAUCUACGCGGAGGUCUUCAAGACCGGUGAAAGGAUCCUAUCCGAGGCUCUUGCAGAACUUGGUUUCGACCAGGAACUGAAGGCCGACAGCAAACUAGUCGCCUUGAACACACUUCCAUGGGGUCGUACCGAGAUCAUCAAGCUCCCUACAACCGUCGCAAACCUCCCUUCGUACGGCCUCGCGCACAGCAACGCUCCCGGCGCCAUGUCUAUCCGUCCCCUCGCUUCCGCCUACAUGGCAAGCACCGCCUCCGUCAAGGAGGUCAAAUCCAACGUGUUCGAGCUCCGCAACUCGCAGUACGUCGUCGAGGUCACCGACGGCGCAAUCACUUCCCUCUACGACAGGUCCAUCGAGCGGGAGCUCAUCCCCAAGGGCAAGCGAGCCGGCCAGCUCGUCAUCUUCGACGACAAGCCGCUCUACUGGCAGGCCUGGGACGUCGAAGUCUUCCACCUCAACUCGCGCGCCGAGCUGGCCCCCCACAGCGUCAGCAUCACAGAGAACAGCCCGCACCGCGUCUCCCUCACCAUCGAAACCAAAAUCUCCGACAAGUCCUCCGCAAAGACAACCCUCUCCCUCUCCGCGGCCGUAGGCGACCAGCCCACCGCCAUCGAAUUCACCACCGACGUCGACUGGCACGAGACGAUGAAGUUCCUGAAGGUCGAGUUCCCCGUCGACAUCGUCAACACAGAAGCGUCGUACGAGACGCAGUUCGGCAUCGUGCGGCGCCCAACACACUACAACACCACCUGGGACAUGGCCAAGUUCGAAGUGUGCUGCCACAAGUGGGCGGACCUCUCCGAGUCCUCCUACGGCGUCAGCAUCCUCAACGACUCGAAAUUCGGCUUCGCGACCGUCGGCAACAACAUGCGGUUAUCCCUCCUCCGCGCCCCGAAGGCCCCCGACGCCCACGCCGACAUGGGAAACCACACGAUCCGCUACGCCAUCUUCCCGCACGCCGGCGCCCUCGACCAGCGCACCAUCCGCAAGGCCUUCGAAUUCAACUCCCCGCUCAAGAUCGUCGGCGACUCCUCCUCCUCCCAUUCCCCCUCUACGACAUCGUCGUCACCACCACCAUCCCUCCUAACAGCUCUCCGCAUCCACAACGCCCCCAACCUAAUCCUCGACACCAUCAAGCGCGGCGAAGACGACGAAGACGUGUCCCGCGGCGACCUGCCCGUGAAAAAGGGGCAGUCCAUCAUCCUCCGCCUGUACGACGCGCUCGGCGGGAAGAGCAAGGGCGUCGUGUCGUGGGGCGGCAUCAAGGUGAAGAAGGUGGUCCGCGUCAAUGCGCUCGAGGACGAGCUGGAGGAUCUGACGGCGGGGAUUGUGGAUGUUAACGUCGAGGGUGGCGGUGCCGAGGGCGAUAAGGGCGUCAAGGUGGAGGUCAGGGCGUUUGAGAUUUAUUCGCUUAAGUUGGUGCUUUGAGGGGGAGAGAUGAGGUUUGUUGGGUUGCGUGUUGUUUUUCGUUAUGCAUAGCAUAGUAGUAGAAGUAGUAGCAGCAUGAAUAGCACGACGAGGGUGUGUUGACGGAACCAGAACGACCAGUAUACAUAUCAUUCGCAUGUAGGAAAACGACAAUGCGAUCAUCACCAUCACUACUACUAUCAUUCCCAUAAUUGUACCAACAUCAAUCGUUCUCCCAUAAAAACCGCUUGAAUUCACGAAAUCAUAUCCCUCCAACCAUCCAAUCUCCCCCAAUCCCAAUCCCAAUCCCUUUCCUAUACAGUACUCACACGUCGUAAACAAACGCUCAAAAAACCCCUUCACAACGCAAAGCACCACCCAUCCCUGAAAACAAGCACAAACAAUCCCCCCAAAACAGAAUCG